AUGGGCGCCAGCGAUUCGAAGCUUGUCUUCAAGAAAGGCAUCUUCAGGCUUUCUGAAGAGCGACACAUCCCAGCCGAUGAUCCCUACUGGACUUCUUUUUGGGAGCUUCCGGAAUCGUCAGAGGACAUUUUCAGCCUCUUUGCGCCCGCCGACAUUCGUCGCACUCGAGACAAGGCCCUAGAGAAUUUAGAAACUCUGAUUCUGGCAUUAACGUCACGCCUCUUCAUCCUGCGCCAUCAUCCCUCCUUUCCCGAUCCCGAAAUCGCUCCCGAACGCGAUGCUCUCAAUUGUGUCCGCGUCCUGACGCGCAUCCUUCCCUUCAUCUACGAGGCCGAUAAUCUUCAAUCAUGGGAGGAGCGGUUCUUCUGGGGGGCACGUAGAAAGAGAACGAGGCAAUCUGCAAUUGCGGCCGAGGUACUCUUCGACGGGGCUCAGGAUGGCCAGCGGCCGCCCAAGAACGAAAACGAAGACUUCGAAGAUGCCAAACCUCUUGCUGAAGAGCUCAUCGACACUUUGGUAGACCUGCUAUUCUUCUCCGACCUCACCCUACCCCGACAACCGAGUGGACGACCGAAAGUGUCCUACGCCAUCUGGCAGAGUGGUGUAGGCUGCAAUACAUCCGUGGCGACCACCAAAGAAUUCGAGAGCAAUCGCAGCGAGAUACUCCGCUUGUUGCUCACCAUGACUAGCCAGAGCAUGUACAUGUCAUCAAACUUGCUGCCGCAGAAGGGAAUUCGAGCCCUGACACACAUAUGCACGUGCCCCGAUAAGCAGGUCGUGCUAUCAGUCUUGUGCUCCCUGCUCAAUACCACCCUGAAGUACAAUCCAGCCACCUGGCGGGUGCCAUACAAUACGCUGGUUUUCAAGGACGAGAAGCAGAUCCUGGUGACAUACACACUCCAGCUUUUGCUGGUAUUUCUAUUGUACCCAAUCCCUGAGCAAAAUGGCACGACUCCCAAGAACUACUACCGCCACUUCCUUGGGCGACUUCAUCGGCCACAAGACUUUCAGUUCAUCGUCGAUGGCAUGACACGGAUACUCAACCAACCGCUCCAAGAAAAGAGCUCGUAUAUUCCCAGUGGGCAAACAAAUGCCAGAUUUGCGCCAGAGAUCAUCAUGCUCUUUUGGGAAAUCACACAGUGCAACAAGAGAUUUAGGUCCUUCAUCAUCGAUACUGAGCGGGUUCAUGAUUUUGUCGUGCUCACUCUAUUUUACGCUUUGGAGUACAAGAAUGACGCAUCCAAGCAAGGUGUUGUGAGAAUGUGUGCUUUUCUGCUGCAGACCCUGAGCGUUGAGAAGAAUUUUGGCGCCAAUCUCAACCGAAAAUUUGAAGGUCAAGACAGUCUGCCUUUGAUCAUUAGGAUACCUGGCUUCAGCGGCACUUAUGCUGACUUCCUCAUACAUUCCAUCUACAACCUCAUCACCACGAGCCAAGGCAGAUUGACAGCUAUAUACCCGGCUCUCAUGGCUGUCAUCAACAAUAUCGCUCCCUAUCUGGAGGGUCUCAGCUCAGCAUCUGCCUCAAAGCUCCUGCAACUUUUUUCGUCCAUGUCUUCACCUUCAUUUCUGCUCGCCAACGACAGCAAUCAUGAUUUGCUUAGGUCACUGUUGGAGUCAAUCAACUCGAUUGUCGAGCAUAACUAUCAAAAGAAUCCAGAGCUCAUCUUCGCAAUUCUGCGUAAUAAGAAGCGGAUAGAAGCAUUACGAACGUUCACCCUUGAAAGCGGUCAGGAGGAGAUCGAGAGACGGAAUCGUCGCCGCAAAGAAUCCGCCGCCAGUGGCGAUGGGCUUGAGCCAAGUUCUGUGAGGAGCUCAGCCGAAAGUAUCCGCAGUCCAACAGCAUCUCAUCCUCGACCGCCGACGCUGAGUGAUGUCCCGGAAGAGGACAGCACCUUCGCAAUCGGUGAUGAUGAGGACGAUAGCGAGGACGAGGAUCACCGCACAACGCCGGCCCGGUCAACUACAAGCGAAAACCCAUCUGUGACGUCGUCGCAGGCAUCGGUAGUGGAAGACGCCGUUCCAACUCAACUUCGGGGUAUGUCAGAAAAGGCGAGAGGCAAGAUGCCUGCCGGCAUGAGCAACUUCUCCAGGCAAAACAGCACCACCAGUCUGGGCGGAUAUUCCACAAGUGGACAGUCACAGUCCGGUGGCUUUGAGCCAACGGCCAAUUGGAUCGAAAACUGGCUGCCAGAGCUGCCUCUUCACACCAUCCUGACCGUGAUCCAGCAGGUGACGUCUCUGUUGCCGAGACAAGCUCUUGCUGGAGAAUCUGCAACCCGAGAGACGCUUUUGAAGAUUCAAGAAAUCAGGCUGGUGGGAGUAGAGCCAACACCGCCACGAGUGCACUCCUUUGAGUGGUCGCAGCUGUCGUUGGGAUGGUACGAGUCCCUGUUGUGGGGCUUUGUGUUCAGCAGCGAGAUUCAGAUCUCCAAGGGCACAGUUGGAAUCUGGAAUGGUACAGCGAUUAGGCUGUUCAGGGUGCAAGAGACUGCACCUCAGGGACCGAGUCUGGCAUCACCGAGAGGAGCCGUUGAUGCUGUUGGAAGCAACAUCGUGUCCCGAAUUGGUGCUAUGAAUUUGCGAGGUCCUGGAGGUGCACCGCCAACAGCCAACCAGCGUCCUGGAUGA